AUGGUGUACGGGGGGAAACCAAGCCGAGGGUGUGGAACGUGUAAAAAGCGAAAGAUCAAAUGCGAUGAAGGUCGUCCAACAUGCACGCAAUGUCAGAAGAGUUCGCGGACUUGUCUAGGUUACAAAGAUGAAGCAGACUACAUUUUCCGAAACCAAACCGAAAAGGUGACGAGUAAAGUCACAAAAGCAAGAAAGCCGCGAGCAUCCAGAUCUCCUGAUUCAACUAGCAGCAAGGACACAGCAUUAUCUGGACAACAUGCGUUCGUUAUCGAAACCCCUACUGGAUUAGCGACUGCUUCGAAUGGGCCACAACCAGUGAACAGCCCAGGAAACCAGCUGGCAAUUAUGCAAAGGGCAUAUCUUACCGAUUUUGAUGCUAUGACAACCAUAUGCCAGUCGCCUGCAAUAUCGAUAGAGGAGGAGGUUGUCAAUGUAUACUUCAGAAACUUCGCUCGCCUGUAUAGGACCCAGGAUACUGUUCGUGGAUUUCUUCCAUUCCUGGCACCGAUGUAUGGCGCUUCCUCGAAAGACUCAUUGCUCAGAACUGCCACGCAUGCUGCAGCACUAUGUGCUAUAUCUCAACUACCUGAUCAGAAGCAUCUACAGUAUCGUGCAGCUGAUACGUACGGAAAGGCUAUGCGAAUAGCUGCGCAUGCUUUGCAGGAUCCAAUACAAUCGCGCUCAGAUGAGACUUUACAAGCUACAUUACUGUUAUGCUUGUAUGAAUCUAUCAAAGCUACGGACAACUCAAUCACCGCGUGGUCAAAUCAUGUAGAAGGUGCGAGUGCAAUCGUACAAAGUAGAGGACUACAACAACUGGAGACCGAGCAGAGUCUGGCACUCUUCCGCGCUGCCAGAACUCACAUGCUUAUCAAUUGCAUACGACAAGGCAAGCCCACCAAACAGCUCGAAGCAGGAAUGAACUGGUUAUGCGACACAACCGAGGAUGAUCCACUGGCGUAUCUCACUCAUUGCACCAUCGAGUUACCAUCAUUAAUGGAGAAGACGCGACGAGUAUGCGAGCGACAACGCGAUGCCAAGAGCAUGGCAGAUAUGGAGGCAAUAAUAGAACGAGCAUGUCAUCUGGAAGCCACUAUGCAAAAUUGGGCGGCAUCAUUGUCAGAAGAAUGGCUGCCGCACACGAUUGCAUAUAUCCCGGAGAAGCCAGCAGAUCCCCUCAACGCUGAUGCCUGGGUUGGCCCCGUGCAUUCAUUCAGUGAUGUGCACAAGGGCAGUGUACUGAACAAAUUACAUUCUUGCCAUAUGCUCUCGGCUGCGGUCAUCCUUAACGGAUUGGAAUGGCUUCGACCAUACGACUAUCCAAUGGAUGAUCGCUAUAUACACACGAGAUGGAUUGAACAACGCACUGUUGACGACAUUUGCUCAAGUGUUCCAUUCUAUCUGGGUAUUGGAAAACAAAGAGCCCGCACACCGGAUCAGAUGGAAACGAUAGCCGAUCUGAUUGGGGGUUACUCGCUCAUCUGGCCUCUUCAUGCAGCCUCGAGCUGUCCUCGCAUAUCAAAGGACCAAUGGCUCUACAUCUAUGGACGGCUUGCCAAGAUAGCGAAAGAGUGUGGACUUGAACAAGCCCUCCUUAUCUCGUCAGAGUACAAAGAGAAGGUCAUACCUAGCUUCUGA